GGGAGACAGCCAGAGAGAAACUUGUCUUGGGGAUUAAUAGGAGGCAGGAGGAGGGAGAGGUGCACACAGGGAAACAUCUGGACCAUGAAGGUGGCCUUCAGAUUGCUUCUUCCGCUUGUUCUUGUGCUGAUCUCGGAGGUGAGCGGGCAGAGGAGGAAGCCUCCCCGGAAACCCACCCGCCCGCCCCCGCCCCCAGAGCUGCCCCCACCCCUGCCACCGGGUCCCCCCUCCAUCUUCCCUGACUGCCCCCGAGAAUGCUACUGCCCCCCAGACUUCCCCUCUGCCCUCUACUGUGACAGCCGCAACCUGCGGAAGGUCCCCAUCAUCCCGUCCCGCAUCCACUACCUCUACCUCCAGAACAACUUCAUCGACGACCUCCCAGAGGAGUCCUUCAGGAACGCCACGGGGCUGAAAUGGGUCAACCUAGACAACAAUCGCAUCCGGAAGGUGGACAGGCGGGUCCUGGAGAAGCUGGAAAACCUCAUCUUCCUCUACAUGGAGAAGAACCAGCUCAAGGAGGUGCCUUCCUUCCUGCCGCCCAACCUGGAGCAGCUGCGUCUGAGCAGGAACCAGAUCUCCAAGAUCCCUGCUGGGGUCUUCAACAAGCUGGAGAACCUGGUGCUCUUGGACCUGCACCACAACAAGCUAAGCGAUGGGGUCUUCAACAAAAACACCUUCAAGGGACUCAAGAACCUCAUGCAACUCAACCUCGCCCACAACAUCCUGAGGAAAAUGCCCCCUGGGGUGCCCAGUGCCAUCCACCAGCUUUUCCUGGACAGGAACAACAUUGAAGACAUCCCCAGUGACUACUUCAAGGAGUUCCCCAACCUGGCAUUCAUCCGGCUCAACUACAACCAGAUCUCUGACAAGGGGCUGCCCAAGAACUCCUUCAACCUCACCAACUUGCUCGUGUUGCACCUGGCCCACAACAAGCUCACCAACGUCCCUUUCAUCAGCCCCAAGCUGGAGCACCUCUACCUGAAUAACAACUCCAUUGAAAAAAUCAACGGGACGCAGAUCUGCCCCACCUCGCUGAUGUCCAUCCAGGACUUCUCCCCCUCCGACCUGGACAGCGUGCCCCGGCUCCGGUACCUGCGGCUGGACGGGAACCUCCUGAAGCCCCCCAUCCCCUUGGACCUGAUGAUGUGUUUCCGCCUCCUGCAGUCCGUGGUUUUCUAGCCCUGCCCAGCAGCGCGCCUUUCCCAGGACUUGGCUUUGCACAGAGACUCGACCCCCGUCGGUGUUUGACACGUGGGACCCUUUUUGCCUCCCUCUCCCCCUGCUCACACCCCGCCUCCACCCCUCUUGCCUUUCCCCCUUUCGUCCCCUGCAGUGGCUGUGGACACGCGUGGCAUGUGCAUCCUUGGGUACCGCUGUCUGCAGGGCAGCACCGCGUCGCAGCAGCCAUCCCAGGUCGCAGCAUCAGCCCGGGGUGGCUGCCACGCUCGCCCCCAGCUCCCUGCCUGUGGGCCCUGCCUUCUCUUCCCUCACCCCAGGCCAGCCCUGGAGCUGGCUCUGUCUCUCCCCUUCCACCCGGCAGAGUUUCAGGAGGCUGGAUUUGGUUCUAGCCAAAAGCUUCUCCAGGUGGAGCUGGUGAGGGAGCCCAGGGGCCACCUCGCUGCAGGACUCAGGUCAUAUCAUUGCUCCGGGUGGCUGCACCCGGAGAGCCCGCGAUGUCCCUGGGGAAAAUUCCCCAGUGACGGAGGUGGAGCGGGGAUGCCCUGGGCUGGUGUGCCGAGGGUGCAGGUGGCCACCCUGCAGCCUUGGGGUGCAGGG